GGGUUCGUCCCGCCCCGCCCCGCCCCGCCCCUCCUCCUGCCCGCCAAGCCCGGGUGCGGGAUCCAACUGCGCCGGCCCGGCCCGCGGGCGCAGCGCGAAGGGGUGUUCCUGGAGACCGGACACUGUUGAGAGGUGCCGUGCACAAGUGUAUAGAGAGCGAGAGCCCAGUCUCCCGGCUGGUGAGAUCCCUGCUGGGGAGACGUGGCUGCUGCGCUGGAGCCCGUGGCAGCUGUGGGCCUCCCCUUCCCGGCGGGAGCUGGAGGAUUAAGACCCAGGAGGUGUGCAGGAGGGGCUGAGGGUGCAGAAGUCCCUCGUGUCGUCCAGACCGGAGCUGGUCCAGCACCGACAGAUGUGGGGGCAGGACGUGACGCAGGCCAUGCAGCCCCCUUGCGAGGCCGAGCUCCCCUCCACGACCCCACAGCUGGCAGCGCGGGAUGAGCUCCCCACCCCAGAGCCCUGGCGCCAGCUCUUCCGUGGCCUGCACUACCGGGAAGCCGAGGGCCCAGGGAAGAUUUGCAGCCGCCUGCGGGAGCUGUGCCGGCGCUGGCUGGAGCCCCAGCACCGCAGCAAGGAGCAGAUGCUGGAGCUGGUGGUGCUGGAGCAGUUCCUGGCCAUCCUGCCCCCGGAGAUACGGAGCUGGGUGUGCGGGUGCCGCGUGGAGACGUGUGCCCAGGCCGUGGCCCUGGCCGAGGGGUUUCAGCUGGGGCAGGCGGAGGACGAGAAGCUCCAGGUCACCGUGCAUGUGAAGGUCGAGGAGGGGUCCUCAGUCCAGACGCAGCCCCCGGGGGCCCUGCCAGAGCCUGGUGAUUCCUGGGAGCAGCAGCCAAAUGCCCAUGGUGCUGGGACCCUGAGCAGAGCUGAUCAGCAGCCUCCCGAGGAAGAGCCUGUGAACCUGGAGCUGCAGAGACCCUCCCCAGGGAGAUGGGGACAGAGCGGCUCCCUGAUGCCUGGGCCGCGCCAGCUGCAGGAGGGGCAGGGCAGGCUCGUGAAGCAGAAGCAGAGCAUGGAGCUCCGGGAGGUGUUUGAGGACGUGGCAGUGUAUUUCACACGGGAGGAGUGGGAGCUGCUGGAAGAGGAAGACAAGGGGCUUUACCGGGACCAGAUGCUGAGGAACCACCAAGCCCUUGUUUCCCUGGCAGGAUAUCGAGGCCCUGCCCCUGACUUGAUCUGCCGCAUCCAGCGAGGACAGGUGGAGUUCUGGGUCUGUGGUGAUGAGGACCGUGGGGCAAUCUCGAGGUCGGAGGACGUGCUGCCAGGACAUGCCUGGUUGCUGAGCAGAACCGAGGAGCAGGCUCCUGAGGAAGGGCCUGGAAAGCUGGAGCCACCAUGGGCUUCCCUGGGGAGUAUGGGUGAGGUGGAUUCCCUGAGGCCAGCGAAGGACCAGUGGCACAAGGGCCAGGGGAUGCCCCAAAAGCAGGAAAAUGUAGCAGUGAAGCAGGUCCCAUCUCUAGUUGGGCAUUGGGAUGAAGAAGGGAAAGAAGCCAGAAACAGCCCGUGGUGCAGGGAAGAAUUUGUGGUGCUGAGUCAACUGAAGAGGCAGAAAGCAAAGGUCCACUGGAGAGAGACACUGCAUGCAAACCAGGGCAGUGUGGAGGAGCUGGUAGUGAGGCAGGAGCCCACCACCAAGCGCAGGGGGAGAGGCCACUCCUGCACUCAGUGCAGGAAAAGCUUUAGCUGCCCCUCGCGCCUGGCUCUGCACAAGAUAAGACAUGCUAGGAAGAAGCCCCAUGUAUCUGCCACGUGUGGGAAGAGCUUCACCCGCCUCUCGAACCUGGCUGCUCACCACCAGGUCCAUUCUGGACAGCUCCCCCACCGCUUCACCAAAAGGGGGAAGAGCUUUGUUCACAGCUUGGAGCUGCUCAAAAAACAUGUGCACAGGAAGAAGCAUCAGUACCACUGCAUCACAUGUGGUAAGACCUUCACCCAUUUUUUCUCCCUGGUUCAGCACCGUCGGAUGCACUUGGGAAGGAAGACGCACCGCUGCAAUGAGUGCAGGAAGAACUUCAUCAGCUGGCAAGAGUUGUCCCAGCACCGGUGUGUGCAGAAGAGGCAGCAACAAUACUGCUGCACAAAGUGUGGGAUGAGCUUCAGGCAGCCCUCCAGCCUGGCCAAGCACAGGUGCAUGCAGACACGGGAGAAGCCGUAUCAUUGUUCUUUGUGUGGGAAGAGCUUUGCUCAAUCCUCCACCCUUACCCUGCACCAGCGCAUCCACACAAGGGAGAAGCCAUAUGAAUGCUCUGAGUGUGGGAGGAGCUUCGCCCAAUUGUCUAACUUCACCAAGCACCAGCGCCUCCACACAGGGGAGAAGCCACAUCGUUGUCCUGAGUGUGGGAAGGGCUUCACCCUGUCCUCCCACCUGACUGUGCACCAGCGCAUCCACAAUGGGGAGAAGCCACAUCAGUGCUCUGUGUGUCAGAAGAGCUUCACCUACAUCUCCAGCCUGACCCGGCACCAGCGCAUCCACACAGGGGAGAAGCCAUAUCACUGCUCUGUGUGUGAGAAAAGCUUCACCCAAUCCUCCCACCUGACUUUGCACCAGCUCCUCCACACAGGGGAGAAGCCACAUCGUUGUUCUGAGUGUGGGAAGGGCUUCACCCUGUCCUCCCAACUGACUGUGCACCAGCGCAUCCACAACGGGGAGAAGCCACAUCAGUGCUCUGUGUGUCUGAAGAGCUUCAUCCACUCCUCCAGGCUGAGCCGGCACCAGCUCAUCCACACAGGGGAGAAGCCAUAUCAGUGCUCUGUGUGUCUGAAGAGCUUCACCCAAUCCUCCCACCUAGCUGUGCACCAGCACAUCCACACAGGGGAGAAGCCACAUCAGUGCUCUGUGUGUCUGAAGAGCUUCACCUACAUCUCCAGCCUGACACAGCACCAGCGCAUCCACACAGGGGAGAAACCACAUCAGUGCUCUGUGUGUGGGAAGAGAUUCCACAGAUGCUCCCAACUAACUGAGCACCAGCGCAUUCACACAGGGGAGAAGCCACAUCAGUGCUCUGUGUGUCUGAAGAGCUUCACGUACAUCUCCGGCCUGACCCGGCACCAGCGCGUCCACACAGGGGAGAAGCCAUAUCACUGCUCUGAGUGUGGGAAGAGCUUCACCAAAUGCUCCUCCCUUGCCCAGCACCAGUGCAUCCACACAAGGGAGAAGCCACAUCAGUGCUCUGUGUGUGGGAAGAGCUUCACCCAAUCCUCCCACCUGGCCCGGCACCAGCGCAUCCACACAGGGGAGAAGCCACAUAGCUGUUCUGAGUGUGGGAAGAGCUUCAGCCGAUCCUCCCACCUGACCCGGCAUCAGCUGAUCCACACAGGGGAGAAGCCACAUUAGUGCUCUGCAUGUGGAAAGAGCUCCACACUGUCCUCCAGGUGGGCCUAGCCCCAGCAUGUCUACACAGGGGACAAGCCACAUCAGUGCUCUGUGUGUGGGAAGAGCUUCCCCCACUCUUCCCAUAUGGCCCAGCACCAGCUUAUCCACAAAAGGGAGAAGCCAGAUCAGUGCUAUGAGUGUGGGAAGAGCUUCACCCACUCUUCCAAGCUGGCCCAGCAGCAGUGCAUCCACAAAGGGGAGAAGCCACAUCAUUGCUCUUAGUGUAGGCAGAGUUUCACCUACUCCGGCAGCCUGUGCUGAACACCAGUGCAUCUACACAGGGGAGAAGCUACAUCGGUGCUCUGAGUAUUGGAAAAGCUUCCCCCAUCUCUUCCACCUGUCCCAGUAUCAGCACAUCCGCACCCAGAAGCAUCUCUAUUUCUGCCAGCCGUGCAGGAAGCCCUGGGAGAUGUCUGCCUGCUCAGCACCCACCAGUGGUGCAUUCAGACAAGCACCCCCAUGCUGGUGACCUGAACAAAGAGUUCCCCCAGGCUUUGUCCCUUGUAGGGCACAGUGGGAAUCCAGAGCCCAGAGGCUCACCCCCAAGUUUUGAUUGUGGGGAAGGGGUAAGAAGAAACACCUCAGGCAGAGAUCAGCCCCAACUAAGGGGAGAUGAGAUUUUUUUUUUUUGUAAAAAUAUAUUUCUCUCUCUAUA